AAAUUCUGGUUGACCUCCCUUGCAACUUCAACGAACCAUAUGUAUGUGGAUAUCGCAUAGACAGCAUAAAUGGAUCGAUGUUUAAAUGGAUGAUUGGCCAAGGCAGUACCCUCUCAAUCGAUACGAGACCCCAUAGUGAUGGUGAAGGUCGACAAGAUGGGAACUACAUGUAUGUCCAAGGAUCAAAUUCUACCUUCGGUAAUGUUACUACGCUGUGCUUUCCACCCGUAUCAACGGCUUCCAUGGAAACGCCGACACUUCGUUUCAUGUAUCAUAUGAAGGGAGGUGUGGGCAGUCUCUCAUCUGUUAUCAAUGGCAACAUGAACUGGACACGCUCAGGACAUCAGGACGGAAACUGGUUGCAUGCCUGUCAAUCUGUUCCGGUCGACUCCAAUCUACAAAUCUGCUUCCAAGCCACGGCAAGCCAAUAUGGCGAUGUUAUAGCUCUGGAUGAGGUUGCCAUCACGGAUAAAGAAUGCAAAGCUCCCAACGGGACCUGUGACUUUGAUACCUUGGACGAUCUUUGUUGGUUUAUCAGUACUUCUGAUGGUCUACCCAGUGAUAUAUGGCGUCAAACAAACCGAAAUAAUGAUGACAUUGAUGCAGGUUACGUGAUGGCGUCAGUAGGCGAUUAUACUAACUCUCAACUACUGUCACCUCCGAUACUGUCUCCAAAAGAAGGAGCGCAUUGUCUGUCCUUUGACUACCAUGUAAAAGCAGAUACAGCGAUGUGGUUUUCGACUAUCCUUUCUGUUCACGUCACACAUAGGAAUGGUAGCAAGGAUCAGCUGCUUUCAAUUAAUGUAAAGCAUGACAUUGGUUGGAAUCAUGCCCAGACUGAAUUCAAUUUUGAACAGAAUGAUUUACUUCGUAUUCUGUUUGCUAGAAGCCACAGCUCAGCAGCCAUAGAUAAGGUUAAAAUUACACAAGGCGCUUGUCCUGCACUAG